GAUGAUGCGAAAAAAGUUUUUGCAAAAGUUCUUCCCAGCCUUCACUUGUCAAAGGAUCCUUUCGUUGGCAACCUCUCAAUCACCAAAGUUGAAGAAUAUUUGAAGAACUAUCACUUCGGAUUCUCUGUGUUGGUGGUGGACGGUUAUACCGUGAGGGAUGGUUGUGACGAUGAAAGAUCAAAGGAAUUACAGCGACUUGUAAGACUUGCAGUGGAUAAAGUCGUUAAAAAAGUCAUUAUCUUGGUUUGCAAUGGGCAAUCAACAACAAACACAUGCGAUGAGUUUAUUGGGCAAAUCAAUAAACUAGAGAAAACGUUUGUUGUGAAAGUAAACAAUGGAAAGCUGACCGUAGAUCCAGAUAUUUUGUACCAUGUUUUGAGUCCUCAAGAACAGGAUGUAAACGCUUACUUGUUGUCCAAAUAUUCAUACAAAGUAAGCGAAAACUAUCCUCAAAGGAAUUCCUCAGAAAGGAAAAGCAUUGAUGAGAUGAGUGCUCAAAAUAGUCAGCAGCUGGUCCUGGGGACACAGUUCUCAGAAAGACCCCCUCCUGUUGUUGUCCUAAGAAGUUUCGUUCGUCACGGAGAGAUAUCUUAUCGGAAAGAGGACCUUCAAAUAGGGGACCCUGAAUUUCAAGUUCCUAGUGACAUCCAAGAGAGGCUGUUAUACAAAUUCUGGAACAAACCUUUAGUUGGAGUAAGAGUCAUUAAGCUCAGUAAUGGGUCAACUGAGUGUCAUGUUGAUCACAAUUUGAAACAAUUUACGUUGGAUGAGGAAAUACAGCUUGAUACUGGAAAAAAGCUUUUAUUAAAAACUCGUGUUCGCAACGGAAAGGUAUCGUUUGAAGACAACGAUGUAAAGUAUAAAUAUAGAAAUAACUGUAUCCCUGAAUGCAUUAUCGAUGAUCUACAAAUGAGGAAGGCUGAUGGUGACUUGUACAUCAGUUUACAUGACUCAGACAAAUUUGAAGCUAUUAUAAAAGAAAGUGGAAAAAUAAAGCAAGUUGCUAGUGCUGCUGUUAAUGCUGCUGCUAAUGCUGUUGCUAAUGCUGCUAAUGCUGCUGCUAAUGCUGCUAAUGCUGCUGCUAAUGCUGCUGCUAAUGCUGCUGCAAAG